AUAGAAUAAGAACAAGAAGAAGAUGGUCGAUAGGUUGAUAAAUUAUCUGUUGCACCCCUGCCUUCAACAUCUGCGCAGUUUUGUUGUCAUGUUGUGAAACGUGUGUUAGCAAAGGGAUUUAUUCGUGUAGAUAAACACCCACAUUUCCUCAUCAGGGGAAACAGCGUUAUGAAUGGGAGAAAUGGUAUCCUGUGGGUUGACUAUCCCAGCGCUCGUUCAGCUGUGUUUGUUGUUGUUUUUGGCACCAUACAUCAACUGCAGAACAUUGGAUAAAUGUCUCACGGGCAAGUCAUGUCGAUUAGAAAGACCUCCCGUAGUCCUAAGUAAGUGACACUUGUUUAUCUUGGUUGUAUCUAACGUUAGCUCUUCUAUUUUUAUUUAUUCAAAUCAAAUCACAUUUUAUUGAUCACAUACACAUAUUUAGCAGAUGUUAUUGCGGUUGUAGCGAAAUGCUUGUGUUCCUAGCUCCAACAGUGCAAUAGUAUCUAACAAUUCACAACAAUACACACACAUCUAAAAGUUAAACUGUGUAACAGAUAUAGCCAAGAAGCUGGCGAGGCAAACGUCAUCAGACAGGUAGGCUAGUUAGCAGAAACUGAAGCUUGACCUGUUACUCAGAAUCAGAUUUGAUUUGAGAUGUCUCUCGAUGAACAGCAAGGCAUUGUUUAUUUCCUUAAUUAGAGAUGGGGUAAAAACUAGCUAAUAUAAAAUACCGUCGUUAUAACUUUUGUUGGUCAAUAAUCUAUCCUUGUGCACAUUACAUUUCUUACUCCAACUUUACAAUGCAGCUAGGUCUCCGAUUGUUUACUCAUGAGUAGAAUGAUUCAGGCAGGCUAGGCUCGAGUUGGUCAUAUGACUGGCAAAUGGAAGGAACAAAAUGUGACCCAGACACUUUGUUUGCCAACAUGUUUCCCACGCGCUACAAUGUAUCUAUCUACUGUUACUAUUUAACCAAAUUGUAAUAGGCCUAAUGCUGUUUUCUGUCUUAUAUCACCUUUUAAUUACUUCCACAGCUUCAUAAUACAUUUGAGGAUAAAAAUACAUAUAUUGCAAGCCUAGUAAUGAGUAGUCUGUUCUGUGUUUCAACAAAGGGUAUCUCACUGCCUUAUCUUCUGUUUGGCGAGUUACAACCCUAGCAUGUCUCCAUUCAUGGCAGUGAUAGCAGUCAGUGAAGUUUGCCCCAAGGUUUCCUUUCUGGUUACGGCUUUUAACUUGUGGUUGACUCAGGGUCAUUAAACGUUGUAUGUAGUCACAGCCUCACAUGUUGAAAUCUAAAUCUGGCCAGAGUAAACACUAAUCUCUCCAUUCUAAAAGACCCCACAAACAUGAGUUUUGUCUCAUAUAGUUCCAGAAAUAGGGUUUAGAGAGGAGGGCUGAGGAGUUAUCCAGUGUAUUAAUAAAUGUUAAUAACUCAUCACCUGUAUCACACUCUAAAUUGAUAGUGUUCUGCCUUUUGUCAGUCUUUGAUUGGCCAUCCUCAUCAUCAUCAUAUUGUAUUGUCCCACAGUUCCUGGAGACCUAGGGAACCAGUUGGAGGCCAAGCUGGACAAGCCCAGCGUGGUUCACUACAUCUGCUACAAGAAGACUGAUGUCUAUUUCACAUUAUGGCUCAACCUGGAACUGCUGGUGCCGGUGGCCAUCGACUGCUGGAUCGACAACAUAAGGUUAGCACUUAGUGCUAUGUGAGGUGGAAAAGCGGAUGAUUGGGGAUUGGGAGUAUUUGAUUAAUAUGAGCUCGGUAGAAAGCUGGGGUGGCAGGUGGCUUAGUGGUUAAGAGCGUUGUGCCAGUAACUGAAAGGUUGCUGGUUCUAAUCCCCGAGCCGACUAGGUGAAAAAUCUGUCGAUGUGCCCUUGAGCAAGGCACUUAACCCUAAUUGCUCCUGUAAGUCGCUCUGGAUAAGAGCGUCUGCUAAAUGACUUUAAAAAAUAAAAUAAAAAUAAAAAAAAGCUACUGAUAGCAUCUCUACUACUGGCAACUUGAUAUUAAUAAUAAAAUAAUACUAGUUUAAUACUACUAAGCAGCUGGCUGAGUAGGCAUGAGCGAUAAUUCUGUUUUUUUUUUAAGGUUGAAUAGGUUAUCUUCUGACCAUUGUACAAACUGACCUUUGAAUCCCCUUCUUUGUAAUCAAUAUGUUUUCAACAAUUAGUCUGUCUCUCAGAGCUUAUAGUUUAUUUAAUAGUGAAGCCAUAGUGUACAACCAGUUGGCAAAACAUUUGCGAGUUCAAAUCUCAAGGACAACUUUAACAUUUGAGCUAAUUAGAAACUUUAACUACUUACAACUUUUUAGCUACUUUACAACUACUUAGCAUGUUAGCUAACCCUUCCCCUAACCUUAACCCUUUUAGCUAACCCUUCCCCUUCCCCUAACUCUGACCUUAACCCUUUAACCUAACUCCUAAACUUAAACCUUAGCAAAUUCGAAACAUUUUAUGUUUUGCAAAUUCGUAACAUUUCAUACGAAAUGGUUGAUGGACAUACACAAAUUAAUACAUACCAUACGAAACGUAACAUAUCAUACUAAAUGGAGUGUACGGAUUUACAUACAGAAUAAAACAAAGUGCUCUGAGACCAGGUUGUUAAGGAGGACGAUUUGAAGGCAGUGACAAAUAACUAGGUAAUCAAUAUUUAUUGAAAAUGACAAGGCGCAAUGCUCGUUCACCAUGGUAGCCUAUGCAUGCGUUGUGCCUUUUCCUUUUCAAUGAUGAUCACAUUUUUGGAUUUCAUCUCGACUCACUUUGGUUGAGCACCCUCCACUUCUUUCCAUUACCAAGAUUUAUUUACAGACACUGUAGUAAACUAUAGUCUAAUCAUAUUUAACUUAUUUGGAAAGAUAACUGCCACGUGAUUCUAUACCAUGCGUAGGAAACCUACUCUGUCAUUGAGACCACACAUACGGUGACUUUUUCCACAUUUUGUUACAUUAAUCUUAUUCAAAACGGGAUUAAAUUGUUUUUUCCCCCUCAAUCUACACACAAUACUCCAUAAUAACAAAGCAAAAACAGGUUUUUAGAAAUUUUAGAAAUGGAAAUAUAACAUUUACAUAAGUAUUCAGACCCUUUACUCAGUACUUUAUUGAAGCACCUUUGGCAGCAAAUACAGCCUCAAGUCUUCUUGGGUAUGAUGCUACAAGCUUGUAUUUGGGGAGUUUCUCUCAUUCCUCUCUGCAGAUCCUCUCAAGCUCUGUCAGGUUGGAUGGGGAGGGUUGCUGUACAGCUAUUUUCAGGUCUCUCCAGAGAUGUUUGAUCAGGUCUCUGGCUGGGCCACUCAAGGACAUUCAGAGACUUGUCCCGAAGCCACUCCUGCAUUGUCUUGGCUGUGUGCUUAGGGUCGUUGUCCUGUUGGAAGGUGAACCUUCACCCCAGUCUGAGGUCCUGAGCGCUCUGGAGCAGGUUUUCAUCAAGGAUCUCUCUGUACUUUGCUCCGUUCAUCUUUGCCUCGAUCCUGACUAGUCUCCUAGUCCCUGCCUCUGAAAAACAUCCCCACAGCAUGAUGCUGCCACCACCAUGCUUCACCGUAGGGAUGGUGCCAGGUUUCCUCCAGACGUGACACUUAGCAUUCAAGACAAAGAGUUCAAUCUUGGUUUCAUCAGACCAGAGAAUCUUGUUUCUCAUGGUCUGAGAGUCCUUUAGGUGCCUUUUGGCAAACGCCAAGUGGGCUGUCACGUGCCUUUUACUGAGGAGUGGCUUCCGUCUGGCCACUCUACCAUAAAGGCCUGAUUGGUCGAGUGCUGCAGAGAUGGUUGUCCUUCUGGAAGGUUCUCCCAUCUCCACAGAGGAACUCUAGAGCUCUGUUAGAGUGACCAUCGGGUUCUUGGUCACCUCCCUGGCCCUUCUCCCCCGAUUGCUGUUUGGCCGGACGGCCAGCUCUAGGAAGAGUCUUGGUGGUUCCAACCUUCUUCCAUUUAAGAAUGAUGGAGGCCACAGUGUUCUUUGGGACCUUCAAUGCUGCAGAACAUUUUUGGUACCCUUCCCCAGAUCUGUGCCUUGACACAAUCCUGUCUCGGAGCUCUAUGGACAAUUCCUUAAACCUCAUGGCUUGGUUUUUGCUCUGACAUGCACUGUCAACUGUGGGACCUUGAUUUGGAAAGGCACACACCUGUCUAUAUAAUGUCCAAUCAAUUGAAUUUACCAGAGGUGGACUCCAAUCAAGUUGUAGAAACAUCAAGGAUGAUCAAUGGAAACAGGAUGCACCUGAGCUCAAUUUUGAGUCUCAUAGCAAAGGAAUACUUAUGUAAAUACGUUUUUUUUUUCUUUUCUUAUAAAUUUGCAAAAAUAUCUAAAAACCUGUUUUCGCUUUGUCAUUAUGGGGUAUUAGAUGGCUUAAUUUUUUAAUUUUUUGAUCCAUUUUAGAAAAAAGCCAUAACGUAACAAAAUGUGGAAAAAGUCAAGGGAUCUGAAUACUUUCCGAAGGCACUGUAUACUAGGUGCACUUGAUCUCGCACGCCCAACUAGUAGAGGAGAGGUAGGCUACUUAACUUGUGAAUUCUGAGAGUGGCUAACGCAUACAAAGCAGAGACGUCCGUUUUCAAGUAAUCUGUGGGACAACAAAAGUAUUUUAAUUCCAAAGUUCUGUCUGACCGCCUGCUCCCAACCACAGCAUGAAAAAUGCUGACUGCACCGCAAUGAUCUCUGUCGGGACCCGCAGGUGCAGCCCUCGAUACUGAAAUUAAUUCUAACAGGUGUUUCCAGUUGGGUCUCUAACCAAAAUAACUACAACAUGUCAGUGUGCUGUGGCUUUAUUUCAGGAACAACUCAUGAAUUAAGGGAAGGGAAAGUUUCCAGUUCUAUCCCAUGUCAUCUUCAUAAUACUUAAUAUAUAUACUGUAAUGUCAUUGUAAUUAACUUUUCUAAUAUUCUUGCAUCUGUCUGUCCAUCUGUCUGUGUAUUAGACUGAUUUACAACCGCACAACAAGGCAGACAGAAGCUCCUCCGGGGGUAGAUGUUAGGGUGCCUGGCUUUGGACAGACCUUCCCUCUGGAAUACCUUGACCCCAGCAAGCGCAGUGUUGGUGAGUGGGCCCAUAGUAGCGUGCCUAAAGUAGCUAUUCAACGGUCUCUCUAAUAGUGGGAGUAUCUCGCUUUGCUUGUGUGUGGGUUUGACUAAGCUACUAUUGUUUGUUUUGCAGGUAUGUAUUUCUUCACCAUAGUGCAGGCGCUGGCGGAAUGGGGAUAUACAAGAGAUGACGAUGUUCGAGGGGCUCCGUAUGACUGGCGUAAGGCUCCAAGUAAGUAGCCUACACCCCUUACAGUCCAUUUCAUUCUGUUACAAUUGCAGUCUGAUGAACCGAGCUUGUUGGCAACAGAUCUUUGGAUGAAUUGCAUGUCCUUGUGUUUGGAGCUAGCUAUGUGUUAUUGCCACCAACCUUUAUAGUGUUGUCGGGUAGUUUAUAGCCUGUAAGAUGUAUUACUUUGUAUCUAGUCAUUGGAAUUAUAAUCAACAUUUUAAUAGAGAAACAGAAUGUCAAUUUAGACCUUUUUAGAUGUAUUAAAUAUUUGCUUUAAAAUAUUGUUAUAGGAAUCGCAGUAGUUUAGAAUGACCAGCCUCAUGCAUGUUUUCCCCCUUGCUUUUAUAUGAUUGACAGAUGAGAACAAGGCCUACUUCUUGAGUCUGCAACAGAUGAUUGAAGAGAUGGCAGAGAAGGCUGGGGGUCCGGUUGUCCUGAUUGCCCACAGCAUGGGGAACAUGUACACCUUGUAUUUCCUGAACCAUCAGCCCCAGGCCUGGAAGGAUUUCUACAUCAAGGCCUUUGUGUCCCUGGGUGCUCCUUGGGCUGGAGUGGCCAAAACCAUGAGAGUUGUGGCUUCUGGUAAGAGUCUGAGUAUGCCUUUUGGCAUGAAUUACAUAGGAGUCAGAGACACAAUAGUGGAGCUGCUGUGGGCUGCAUACCAAUCAUAAUGUCUAGCAACCAUGUACUUUAUAUUAACUAUUGCAUUGGUUUAUAUUGUGUCUUUCCUUGCAGGUGAUAAUAACCGUAUUCCAGUCAUCAGUUCACUAAAAAUCCGCUCACAGCAGCGCUCUGCAGUCUCAACUAUAUGGCUGUUCCCAUACGCACAUUCCUGGCCCGCUGACCAGAUCCUGAUCAAAACACCCACCACCAACUAUACCGUGAAGGACUACCAGCGCUUCUUCAAGGAUAUUGACUUCGAAGAUGGCUGGGAGAUGCGUCAAGACACUGCGCCACUGGUCAGUGCACUGGAGCCCCCCGGGGUGGCCAUACAUUGUCUGUACGGCAGUGGAGUGCCUACAGCGGAGGGUUUCAUCUACACCAACUUUCCUGAAACAGACCCCACCCUGAUUCUUGGAGAUGGGGAUGGGACGGUCAACCUGCUGAGUGCCACCCAGUGCAAGCGUUGGAUAGGCCACCAGAAUCAGCCUGUCCAUAUGCUUGAGCUGGAGGGGAAUGAGCAUGUGGCCAUGUUGCUCAACUUUACCACGGUCGCCUACAUCAAGACCGUCCUUUUUGGCCCCUGAGCGACCGCAACUAGAUCUUAUCUUAAGAGACAGUCACAAACUGUGAUAGUACAAAGAGAUGACCGAUAGGCUUGUGGACAGAUUAUGAUCUCAGAGCCUGAUGAGGAAAUGUUUUACCCUAUUUCUGAUUUUAUUACAAAUUAUCCCCUCAGCAGACGACUGAUGUUUUUUCCCCUUAAUGUCUAUCCAAAUUUGGUGGUUAAUUGAUCUUAUCUGUAAUGAUAUUCUGUUUUCUAAGAUCUUUUCCAAUCCACUUAACUCAGAGAUUACCAGAUUGUUUCCUGAUGUGCUGAACCAAAACGCGUUGUGAUUUUAUAUACAGAUUUUACCAUAUCAUAUUUAAAGUUAUGUAUUUAAACCAUUAGAGGCAUAGCUACAAUAAGCCAGGAAUAUUUGUACCAUGAACGUCAGUGAUUUUACUGUACACAUUAGCCAAGUGAACACCAGAGAAAUAAUGAUAACUUUAGUAUACACAUCGGAAGUAGCCUAGAAGUAUUUUUUAUUCAGACUUUUUCUGCUGUCACAAAGCGUGUUACAUUUUGUUUUGUUCUCUAGGUCACCGUAUGUAUAGUAUACCGGUACAUAUUCUGUAUGUAUAACAUAAGAAAACAAAUCACAUGUUUACGCCUGUAAUUCUGUUCCUGAAACAUGUCUGCUAUUCUUAACUUUUGCAUUGCUUAACAUUCUCUUAACAUGGUUUGAUUUAGAAUGUAACUGUUUAAUAUGUGAUCCUCAGAAGUAGCAGUGUGUCCAGUAUUGAGCUGUGAUUAAUGCAUAUAUCCAGGGCCUUUUGUCGAGGCUAGAUUGUUUACUGGGACAGCACAGGGAGACGCUGUCCAAUCAGCUUGAUUGUAACUGUGCCAUUGCUCUAUGGUUGUGCUUGACCAAUAUGUUAUUGCUGGAACUAUCAUGAUCUGUUUGUGUGCUACCCAGUGACGAUUAAGUAAAAUGUUGAACAUUGCAUUAAGCCGGCCUUCUGUGUGAGCUCUGUUUAAAGAAGGAGUGAAAAUUGGAACUGUUUCAUCAGCCUCAUCAUAGGUUCCUCUUCCAUAGUCUCUUCUCACAGCCGCUGUGGAGCGUGUGUGCAGCACACCCAUUGUCUGGCGAAAGAGACUA